UAAAAAUUAAGGUGGAACUAAUUAAAACAAUAUUCUUGUACCUAAUAAUUGCAAGAAAAACUGUUAUCGGUUAUUAUUGACUGGGUUCGCUUGUAGGAUGACGCGCUUGGCAUUAAUAUUGGCUGUAGUCACAGUGGCGAAUAUAACAGUUAGCCAGGUGGUAGCUCAGAGUUUUGGUAAAAGUUCCUUGCACAAGCUCUUUAACGACGAUGACGACAUGGACGACGACAACCCAAGUUCCUUAACCGACCGUGGUCUUAACUCCAUACUUGAACUCGCGGUGAGAGCUAGUGAGAAAUACGGAAAGUCAAAUGCCGACAGGAUGAAAACGAACCGAAAGAAAAUAAAAAAGUACCAACCAACAUUAUUUGAUAGAUUGACCGGGAUGGAUGACAACGAUGUUCUAGUUUAUGACCCGGAGAGCUACGCGCCAGUACAUACUGAAAAAAAGAACAAUCGGAUUUCGGAGUUGUUCGGAGCACACACUGAUUAUAAUUUAGAUGCCGUCACCGACGACGAGGAUGAUGACUCGACGGUGUACGUUUUAGUCAGAAAAGAUGAUAUCCGAAAGAGAAAAACUGAUGGUAGUUCAAAUAAUGCGCUUUCUUCACUGUUGAACUUGCUCUCGUCAAAUCAAAAGGAUCGUAGCAAUAUCGAUCAAGAUCGUCGUUACAAAGGAUUUCGACUGAGGGACCUCAGCUACAGGAGAGCCAGGGACUCUAGUGAAACUUAUUCUUCACCGGAAGUCGUGGAAAAACGCCCGAUAUCACGGGUACGGGCCUACGGAGGUGGCAGGACCCCCAUCCCCUACAUCAAACACCGUGGAGAUAUCUUCGAAAAAGAUAAUUAAACAGAAACUCAAACGUA